UUAAAGACCAUCCAUUGGGUCUCUGACUCUCUGUCUCAUGGCAGAGUUUACAGCAAACUUGCAGAGCCUUAAACCUUCUUCCUUAGAAAUGAACUCAAACAUGGAACUGAUGAACAACAGGAGUGCGCCAGAGAAUUCCCACAUGAAUGGUCACGGAUUCAUGGCUUUCUCCAAUGUGGGAUUCUCUAUACAUCACCAACAAGAGUUCCCAGUGAACUUCAGGGAUAAUACUCAAAGCCCUGUUCAUGCUGGAGGUCUAAGUGCUGUCCAAGUUCUUCAGUUCUCAUCGCAGCCCGGAGAUUUUGGCCAGGAAACAAAGACUGGAAAAGUGACUUUUGUAUCAUCUCCUCCAGCUUCUGGGUCUGAGUUCCUUGGAGAUAAUAAGAACUUGGGUGGAAGAAAGAGGAAGAGAAGCAAUGAGAGAGAAAACAAUAAACCAAGAGAAGUUAUCCAUGUGAGAGCAAAGAGAGGCCAAGCUACUGAUAGUCACAGUUUGGCGGAAAGGGUAAGAAGAGAGAAAAUAAACGAGAAACUGAGAUGCUUGCAGGACCUGGUUCCAGGAUGCUAUAAGACUAUGGGAAUGGCUGUGAUGUUGGAUGUGAUAAUCAAUUAUGUCCAGUCACUGCAGAACCAGAUUGAAUUUCUCUCUAUGAAGCUUUCAGCAGCAAGCACCUUCUAUGACUUCAACUCAUCAGAGGCAGAAGCUUUGGAAACCAUGCAGGGGACAAAUGCAUAUGAGGUACAUGAGGUGGAGAGGUCGGUGAAAGAAGGGUAUGGAGGGCCUUCUCAUCUCCACUCAACAUGGCCUUUUUGACUGCAAUAAUGCUUCCAAUACUUUGCAUAACCAUGAAGCCACAUGAAUAUAAUCUUUUACUUAAAUGCAGAGCAAAUGCAGAAGUGCACAGAGCCACAGUAUUGCCCACGCACAUGGGGCAACUGAAUAAACAUCAGUAACCAAAAGGAUUUUAAGCUUAUUCUGCUUGGUAAUUAGUAAUUCCUCCUUUAUUUGAAUUCAGUUUGUUGUACGGAUAUUGUACUAUAAUUACAAUGAACCAAAGCAAAAAGAAGAUGUCGAUUUGAUUGCCAA